UCCCAAUAAGGAGAGAUGGAGAGGCUAGAAACUGAACUCUUUGAAGCUGCAGCAAAAGGGAGCAUCACUUCAUUGCAAAAGCUGCUGAAGAAAGAUCCACUAAUUCUUGAUAGAGUUGUAGUUAACAUUUUCUCUGAGACUCCUUUACAUGUGGCAGCAAUGUUAGGACAUAUUGAUUUUGUGAAGGAAAUCAUGAGGAUAAGGCCUCAGCUCGCAAGUGAGUUGAACUCAAUGAGAUUGUCUCCUCUUCAUUUGGCAUCGGCUAAAGGUCAUGUUCAUAUAGUCAGGACCCUGUUAUCAGUUGAUCCUCGAAUGUGCCUGACUCAGGACAAAAAAGGGCUAACACCCCUCCAUCUAGCAUCAAUCAAGGGCCGACUUGAGGUCAUGAAUAUUUUGCUUCAAGCAAAACCUGAUGCAGCUGAAGUGACAGUCUAUAGAGGAGAGAACAUCCUUCAUAUGUGUGUCAAACAAUACCAGUUGGAAGCUCUGAAGCUCCUGGUGAAGACAAUAGACGACCCCGGCUUCAUUAACUCUAAAGAUACUGGUGGAAAUACUGUCUUGCAUUUAGCUGUGGAAGAUAAGCAAGUUGAGACCAUCAAGUUUUUGCUAAGUGUGCCUGCUCUUGAAGUGAAUGCACUGAAUCUUAAUGGAAUGACAGCAGUGAACGUUUUGAUCAAAAGCAGAAGGGAUGUCAGAGAUUCAGAGAUUGAAGAAUCCCUUAAACUCGCUGGAUGUUUUGGGACUACAGAGACUAACACAGCAUUACAUACAUAUCAAAAUAUGGCGAGCCCCUUGUCUCCUUGCCCUGAUCACCUUAUUUCACCCAUGAACAUGCAAACGAACAGUUUGAGAAAUCUACCUAUCAAGCAGGAAGAUUGGUUGGAGAGAAAACGUAGUGCUUUGAUGGUUGUGGCUUCACUUAUAGCAACCAUGGCUUUUCAAGUAGGAGUUAACCCUCCGAGUGGUGUCUGGCAAGACGACAACUUAGUGGAUUCACAAGGCAAUCCCGUCUCUGAUCCUCAUCGGGCAGGCUAUUCCGUAAUGGCACAUAACUACCCUAAAGCAUACCCAAGAUUUUAUAUGAUCAACACCACUGCUUUUAUUGCGUCCCUCAGCAUCAUAUUGCUUCUGAUGAGUGGACUGCCCAUAAGGCGCCGGUUUUUUAUGUGGAUUCUGAUGGUGAUCACAUGGCUUGCAAUUACAGCAAUUGCACUGGCUUACACUGUCUCGAUUAUGGUGUUGACGCCUUCUCACGAAGAAAAAUCUGUUCUGUCUGUGGUAGGAUACUCAGUAUUUGUGUGGCUCUGUUUGAUGGCUCUUCUCCUAAUUGGCCACACAAUUCGUUUGAUCAUUAAGCUGAAUGAAGGGCUGGCUGAACCCAAAAUAAUAUCAGGACUAGAAAGGGACAGAGGGAUGGAAAGAAGCUCUGAAGAAGUGGCUGAAAAGAGACUUUACGAUGCUGCUGCAAGAGGGGAUACAAGAUCUUUGCACGAAUUGCUCAAACAAGAUCCAUUGCUCCUCGAUAGAGUCUCGUAUACAUGUCCCAAUAAGACUCCUUUACAUGUAGCAACCUUACAGGGUUACCUGGCCUUUGUUCAGGAAAUCUUGAAUCAGAAUCCACAGCUUGCUGAAGAAUUAGACUUGCAACAAUAUUCGGCCCUCCACAUAGCAUCAGCCAAAGGUUACAUGGAAAUUGCAAGAAAACUGAUAUCAGCUGCACCUGAUAUGUGCCUGGCUCGUGACUGUCAAGGCAGGAACCCCCUCCAUCUUGCAGCCAUGAAAGGCCAUGUUCAGGUCAUGGCAGAGCUCAUUCGAAAGGCUCCCCUUGCUGCUAGAGAAAAGCUGGACAGAGGUCUCAGCCUGUUGCAUUUGUGUGUCAAAUACUGCCAGUUAGAGGCUUUGAAGAUGUUGGUGCCGUCCAUGAAUGAACUUCUGAAUUCAAAGGAUGACCAUGGUGACACCAUAUUGCAUAUGGCAGUUAGAGAUAAACAAAUUGAGAUUAUCCAGUAUUUGGUAGGCAGCACCAGCAUAGAUAUUAAUGCAAAGAACUCCGAGGGACAAACAGCAAUCGACAUUUUAAAACAAAAUCCAACAGAUGCAACAAAUUUAGAAAUCAGAAAAAUCUUUAGGCCCAGACUCUGCAAUUCCAGCAGCACAAAAACUCAACAGCCAGAAAAGUGGCUAACCAAAAAAAGAGACUCGAUAAUGGUGGUGGCAAUCCUCAUAGCAACGAUGGCUUUCCAAGCUGGCGUGACCCCCGCAGGUGGUGUUUGGCAAGAAGAUUCAACACAUGAUUCAAAUGGCAACCCUGUGACCAAUCCUCACUGGGCAGGAGAGGCUGUAAUGGCUCGUAAUCAUCCUAAAUAUUAUAAGAGCUUCAUGCGUGCCAACACAGUAGCAUUCGUUUCAUCACUUAGCACUAUCUUGCUUCUCAUCAGUGGACUUCCCUUUAGGCGCAAGCUAUUCUUGUGGAUUCUGAUGGUAAUUAUGUGGUUGACUAUCACGUCAAUCGCGGUGACUUAUGCCAUUUCAGCUCUUGUGGUAACUCCAAGGAAGAACAAAAAAUCACUGAGCAAUGACAUUGAGAUUGCAGUAACUGUAUGGUGUUGUGUGAUGGGAGUUCUUCUAGUCGGGAACACAGUUCGGUUGAUAGAUAGGUGGUUGAAGAAGAAAGGAAUAAUCGUAUGGAGGCCAAGAAGAUAUAGAAAUCCGAGUGAAAUAAACCAAGUAAAUGCGGGCCAACAAAGUGUUGGAACUCUGCUUCUUGGCCCCGUGGAAAAGUCUGCAGUCCAAAUUGGAGGCUGCAAAAGUAAACUAAAGUCCUCCCAAAAAUUUCACAAAUCUGGCGAGUUUGAGGAUCCAUGCGCGUUAAACGCCAUCAAGGAAAAAGAAAUGGAGCUUCUGAGCUUGCUAGAUCAAGAUAAACAAGAAGAUCAUCAAAAACAUCAGAUACAGCAGAAAAAGCUUCAAGAAGCAGCAAUACAAGGCUCCGUCCCGUCUCUCUCACAACUCAUACAAGAAAAUCCUCAACUUCUUCGGUCAAGCAUUUAUUCCAUGCCCGAAAAUCCUUUACACACAGCAGCGCUUCUAGGGCACCUAGAAUUCACCAAACAACUUCUUGACAUAAAUCCUGACCUAUCGAAAUCGGUGAAUUCAAAAGGGUCUUCAGCGCUGCACCUGGCAUCGGCAAAAGGGCAUGUGAAUAUAGUGAAAAAGCUAGUUUCGGUGGAUUCUUCGAUGUGCUUUAAUUUGGACGGUGAUGGGAGGAGCCCACUUCAUCUGGCCGCGAUCAAGGGCAGGACGGUGGUUUUGGAGGAGUUGUUAAGGGCUGAGCCGGAGGCGGCGGCAGUAUUGACUGGAGGAGGAGAGAGCUGUUUACAUCUUUGCGUGAAGUAUAAUCGCCUUGAGGCGAUGAAAGUGUUCCUGCAAUGUUUGAAGAGGGAUGAUCGAUUCGUGGACUGGAAGGAUCAAGAUGGGAAUACUGUUCUGCACCUUGCAGUUGCCAAGAAACAGAUUGAGAUUGUUAGGUAUCUGCUAGAAAAUACAGGAAUAGAAACAGAUGCAAGAAAUGCAAAUGGCUUGACAGCAUUAGAUCUCUUGUUACAAAGCCCCGGAGACUUGAGGGAUCUGGAGAUCAAGCAAUGUCUUGAUCAGGGCAGUUCUUCAAGAACUGAUCGGAAUGAAUCCAUGGCAAUUAAGGCAGAUAUCUCCAAAACGUUUAGAACUACACCAUCCAAACAGACUAAGGUCCCAAGCAAUAUCCCCAAGAAACACAAGCACACCGAUUGGUUGGCCAGGAAACGAAAUGCGUUGAUGAUUGUUGCCUCACUGCUUGCAACAGUUGCAUUUCAAGCCGGGCUCUCCCCACCAGGCGGGGUGUGGCAGGAUGAUUUUUCAGGCAAUCCCAAUAGCACCACUGUGUCUGAUAAACCACACAAAGCCGGACAAUCUGUCAUGGCAUACACUCUUCCUUCAAAAUACGGGCAAUAUAUGAUCUUCAACACCAUUGCAUUCUUGGCAUCAUUGAGCAUAAUCUUGCUACAAGUUAGUGGCUUACCGAUGAGGAGGAGGAGAUGGAUGUGGACUCAAAUGGUGACGAUGUGGAUUGCUGUAACUGCUCAGACUCUUACGUAUUUCGUCACCUUGAUUAACAUGACCCCCAAACGUGUCGAGCGCACAGUGUAUCAGGUGGCCAAGAUUUCUGUUCUCGUUUGGCUGGCGCUGGUUGGUUUCGUGUUUAUUGGUAACGUCACUCGCGCCGUUUUAUAUAUACUUAGGACAUGCGGAUACAUUGAGGAGAAGGAGAGGGAGCCUCAUGUUUCGAGGGAAGAUGAAGAAGAUGAUGUGCUUUGAUGCUGAGACACACUGGAAGAUGAAGAAGAUGAUGUGCUUUGAUGCUGAGACCAGUGUGAUAAGAAGUAACCUAUAAUCUUUGUUUCAUAUUGAGACUAUGAAUAUAUAAAGUGAAAAUUACUUGGCUCCUUUUGCAUUUGUGCAAGAAUUCUCCAUGUUUUGUGUAUUUGGAGUGUUCUGUUUU